AAACUGCCUUUCCCCAACAGGUCAAGCAAGAAAUGCGUUUGGAAGGGAAGAGUAUCCUGCAGUACCGUUGUGCGGCGCUAGUGCGGGAAAUCACAGAACUAGUCGUGCAAACAGAUAGUGAAGAAUAUCUUAAUCAGCUGGAGGAACAGUUACGAAACAUAUACAAUGCUGUUAGGAAUACAGUUCCUGUUCAGCAGGUUCAGUUUAGUAAACCAGAACAGGAGGCAGAGAAGGGCAAGCGGCUACUAUGUGAAAGUCAGCUGGUGGCUGCUCUUCCUGCUGAAGGGGAACCCAAAGCCAAGAGAGGGAGAAGGCGCAGGCAGAUGGAGCACCAGACAGAAUUGGAGGCCGCCACGUACCACCUCAAAUUGGAGAACCAGCAGCUACAUUCUGGGGAUCAGCAGAUGGUGUUAGAAGGCGUACAACCAACAUUUUACGAGGAACAGCAACAAGGCCAGGUGCUAGAGCAUCACCAGGUUCACGAAAUCAUACAGCGGGAGGACGGAACUAUCACCGAAGUGUACUACUAUCAACCCAUAGAGCAGUAUGAACAAUAUGUUAAGGAAGAUGGUACAACUCACGAACAGGCUCAAUAUCAGGCAGACACUAUUAUCAUAGAGCCACAGAAUAUCAAAACAGAACCACCUCAAGUGGAUAAUUUCUAGUCCAAAGUAUCUGCUUACAGCUUUCUAAAGUUUAGCAAGCAUAACCGUUUUGUAUCCUACUGUGAAACCAAAGACUUGUGCUGAUUUCAAAAUAAAGAUGCCCCAAAUGUACUUGAAUGGCGGUUUAUUCUCGUCGUACAACUGGGACGCCUCUGCUCAGGUUAGAUUAAAGUAUAUUAUUGUGCAGAAAAGACGUGAUAUUAUGCACUGCUGGAGGUGAUAAUAAUUGUCAUAAUAUGUAAAUUUUGUUUAACUGUACAGACUACAAAUGCUUGUGAUAUCAUAUUAUAUAAGAUUAUGAGCACUUCUGUAAUAAAAAGAUGAAAAUA